CAACCUUUCUACCACUACUGCCGGAGAACUGAGUUUUUGGUGAUCGCACUCGCCGCGAUGUCCGAGUGAUGAUGAGAUUGUAGAGUAGAGUACCCAUUUAUCGCUCUGCAACCAGAGAACCGUUUCAGUGGAACCAGUUUUCGUAGUUUUCUUAACAAAAGCAAGGUCGACGAAAUAACGUUUUCCCUUCAAGAAGUAGGCGUGGUAAACCACUCUGAAGAAGAAGAAUUAUUUAUUUAUUUUCCUUCUCUCCUUAGCCGGCGGUUCUCAUUUCGGUUUUGAGCCCAAGAACCAGAAACACGCGGCAGCCGAAACCGAAACUUAUUUCAUCAGUGGAUCACUGCCUGUAUGUGUGACGUUCUGAAUCUUUUGCUGAGCUUUUCUCUUUAUUCAACCAAAGGGUAAUGAAAAUAAGUAUUUCAAGAUUUUUUGGGAUUUUAUAGGCUGUAAAUGAAAUAUAUAAAUGAACAACUCAUGUGAACCUAUAGUGAAUCUAGUUAAAGAAAAAGUGAUGGUUGAAUCGGGUUAUUCCAAUGGAACUGAUACUGGGGACCAAGAAGAUGUACGGACGCCGUUAGCUGGAAAAAACUCAGAUUCCAGCAAUGGCAACGGAUAUCACGCUAACGGACACAACAGUAGAUCAAAUGGCCAUAUCGUUAGCGAUAAUAGAACUAUAAAAUCUAUUGAAUACGAAACAGCUGAAGAUGGUACCGACUGUGGCAUGUGGUCUUUUAGACCACGAUGGCUGCAAUUUUUUGCCAAUAAAAAAGCCUUCUUAGUCGUUUUUUGCCUCACAAGUGUCCUCCAGGGCAUGUAUUACACUUAUUUUGUGAGUGUUUUGACCACCAUUGAAAAAUUGUUUCAAAUUCAAAGCAAAACGACAGGUAUUAUAAUGUCUGCAACUGAAAUCGGACAAAUUGGAGGGGCUUUAUUACUAACUUAUUAUGGUGGACAAGGUCAUAGACCUAAAUGGAUUGCUUGUGGUAUGUUAGUGUUUGCGGCUGCGUCUAUCUUAUGUUCAACGCCUCAUUUUCUAUUUGGGAGUGGAGAAGAUUUCACUCUUAGUGCAUUUGGGAAUGAUCAGCCUAAUGCUUCAACGUACAAAAUGCGUGAAUUGAACGCCAGAUUGUGCCAUGACAUGUCCAAAAUAUCUGUUCAUAAUAAAUCUUUAUCAUCAAAAAUAGUGAUGGUUGAACCAUCGAAAAUGAUUGCGCCACGCGAUGUCCCUCUUGCAAAUGGCGCCAAAUCUUCUGAUAAUGUUACUAGCAAAAACGAUAUUUUAAUGACUCCCUUUUACAAGGGCAGAGUUGCUUCUCGCUGUGAUGCGCCAGGAAAUACUGCUUAUCAGACACGAGUACGACAUGCUGUGUUGUCUGUGUUUUUUGUCAGUUUAUUGUUUAUCGGUAUUGGAGCUACAGCAGUUUACACACUUGGAAUUCCAUACAUUGAUGAUAAUGUAGCAACCAGAGAGUCCCCACUAUAUUUUGGUAGUGCAUUAACUAAUAAUAAUUGUUUUUCAGCUAACCCUGGAAUAACAGCUGAUGACCCUCAGUGGAUCGGUGCUUGGUGGUUAGGUGUUUUCAUUGUUGGAGCUGCUUUAAUCAUUACUUCUUUUCCAAUGAUGGCUUUUCCUCGAAACUUACCUUUAAAAUCUCAGAAAAGUAAAAAUAAUGGAGUUGUAUGCCCUAAACAUCAACAUCAUCAAUCGCCUGCCAUAGUUCCCAAGAAACAAGCUAACAAAAAGCCUAGUUUGAAAGGUUACCUACUGGAGCAAUUCAGAACGAAAACUUUCAGGAACAGUCUGAAGGCAGGAUGUCAAAUUAUAAAAUUCAAAAAGUCAACGGAAGUUAAAAUUCCUCCUUUGCUGAAGAUUCAAAUGAAUUAUUUGAUCGUUGAUAGUUACUUUCCCACUGCCUUGAAAAGACUUCUUAAGAAUGAUAUUCUUCUCUACAGAACAGCUAGCAGUGUUUUGCAUAUAUUACCUAUUGCUGGUCUUUAUACUUUUCUACCAAAAUACCUAGAAAGCCAAUUUCAACUAAGUGCUACAAAAGCUAACAUGAUCUCAGGGAUGGCUGGAAUCCUCGUUAUGGGUGCUGGAAUCUUUGCCAGUGGUUCAUUUAUGCGAUCCUUUAAACCUAGUGCGAGAUUUGUCGCAAAAUGGAUAGCUGCAUCUGCUUUAGCUUAUUCAAUUGGUAUGAUAAUCCUUAUGUGGGUUGGAUGUCCUCUCAAUAAUUUUGUUGGAUUAGACGAGGUUAAUCCAGGGAGACCCGGAGGUUUAGCUGUCCAAGCAUGCAAUGCUACUUGUGAAUGUAGGUUAGGAGAGUUUGCACCGAUUUGUGCAACUGAUGGAAAAACAUAUCUAUCACCUUGUGUUGCAGGUUGCACUAAAGUGAAAGAAGCGGGUGAUGAUUACACAUACAUGGACUGUCAAUGUUUGGGUGAAGGAGUUACAGCCAAAAAUGGGUUUUGCACGAUGGAAUGCAAUAAUCUUACUUGGUAUAUUGUAAUAUUUUCCUUUUUUGUACUUAUCCAUUCAACCUCAGAAGUUGGCUCAAUGCUUCUUACUUUAAGAUGUGUAGAGCCACAGGACAAAGCUAUGGCCUUGGGUCUGAUCUCAUUUGCCAUUGGAUUAUUUGGAAAUGUUCCUUGUCCAGUAAUUUAUGGUGCAGUGGUAGACUCUACAUGUCUGUUUUGGGAAGACAAUUGUGGAGAGCCAGGAGCCUGCCGUCUAUAUGACCCUAUGAAAUUUCGAAUGAUGUUUCAUGGUCUUACCGCCAUCAUUAUGUUUGGUGCUUUUAUUGUUGAUGCUUUUGUUUGCUACAAAGCUUCCUCUGUUAGAUUUCAUGAUGAUGAAGCUCCUGUAGAAGCAAGACCACCCCCACUGCCGAUACCUCCUAACUCUGAGUCAGCAGUGUGAAUGUUCUCAAGAUAAACUUGUCAUUAUAUAUUUUAAGUCAUUUUAUCAUCUUCCACGACUAUCCUAAAACUUACUAAAAACUGCAGAUUUUCAGUUGCAGUUGACAAGGAGAGAUACAGAUCUUUAUAAACACAUAAUUUUUAUUUAACAUACAAAAACAAUUUUAUCGAAACAAUUGUUGAGAUUUUCUCAAACUUUUGAGAGCUGAGCACUGUACUGAAUACUAUAUUAUUUGUGAAAAGUCUUCAUGUUUUAUGUUUUUGUUGUUCCUUUUUUAUCAAAAUCAAAAGUUGCCAUAAUUUUAUGAAUAUUUUUAAAAAUGCAAUGUGUUCUCCAAUGAAUAUGGAAAAUUUAUGAAAUGUGUUGAGUGAAGUGUACAACUUUUUUGUUUGUGUAUAUAUGUAUCUAUGCAUAUAUUAUGUAUGUUACUUAAAUGCUACAUGUAAUCUUGUGAAUUUUCAUGUAAAAUUUUUAAUGAAAGAUAUUUUCUUUUUAACUCUGCUACUUGGAACUAAAAAUUGCAAGUAGGGAAUCAAAUUUGGAAAGGUACUUACAAAUUUAAAUAAAAAACAAUUAUGAACCUUUUAA